UGGUGACUGAUUGUUCUUGUUGUAGAAUACAAUGAUUGAUAGCACUGAAGAAGGAAGAGUUCAGUCUGUGAUUAGAAACUUGAAGAGAGCUAAUUCGUGCGACUCACCUUCACCUUCCCAGUCACUUAUUUCUUUCGACUCUGGAACCUCUCCCGGCAGCGAAGGUGGUACUUCUGUUUUCAGACAUCAGUUUUCCUUUGAAUCGGAUUCAUAUUGUGAUCCAGAGGAUUUCUUUUCUGAAAUUGUCAGUAUGUCCGGGACAAAUGAUUCAGCCGUUUCUCUAGAACCACCUACAAAAGUGCCAUGCUCAGUAAGUCCUCAACUUCAAACUUCGGAGGGUUCAGAGAGAGCAGAUGAAGAAAGCAACCCAUCUGAUUCAGGUGUCGGUCACGUACUACCGGUUUCUGAUGAAGCCACUACUGGAAAGAAUACUCGUACCAAAGAGCUGGAGUUUAUGGAACUUCACACAGUACUCAGGACUCUUAUAAGAGAGGUGUCAACUGCAUCUGAUCGAGAAGAGAAGAUAGAAGCCUCUACUUCUGGUGGUACACAGAAUUCUGGUUUCUGUAAACAGUCGUCCUAUCACACACCCACUACUGUUCUUAAAAGUCCUAGAGCAUUACAACAAGACACUUGCACGAAAACACACUUACUAUACAACACUUACCUUUCAAGUAGCAUGGAUGGGCAAUAUGAACUGAAGAUUUUAAAGCAGCCAGAACAACAACACCGUGCUCGAUACUUGACUGAAGGUAGUCGGGGAGCAGUAAAAGACCAAAACGGGACAGGAUAUCCUGUUAUUAAACUAUUUGGGUACAAACAACCCGUGACGGUACACGUCUUUAUUGGAACUGACCAAGGAAAGAUAUUUCCUCACCUUUUCUACCAGGCCAGCAAGGUUUUAGGAAAGUAUUCCACUUCCUGUUUAGAGACAAAGAUUGAAGGUACGAAUGUCCUGGAGAUUGAGAUGACUCCACAGAAAGACAUGACUGUAAUCUGUGAUUGUCUUGGAAUCUUGAAAGAAAGAAAUGCUGAUGUGGAACACCGUCUAACACUUUUGGGUGGAACAUGUCGCAGUAAAAGGAGAACCACCCGUUGUCGAUUUAUUUUUUGUGUUCAAAUUCCUAAAAGUGACGGGACAUUUGAAACCUUACAAGAAGCAUCAAGCUCAAUAAUAUGUAGUAAGGGUUUUUAUAUUUUUUAAAGAUAUUCCUGAAAAAAUGUAUACA